UGUCUGCACAAGCGUCUGUACAACCUGUCAUUCGACAAAUGCUUCUUCAGCUCUUGUCUACUAUCCAAAUCUCCCUGGAAAAGGAAAUCAUCAAUAAAAGCAACGAAGAUCUAGCAAGCCAAUUACGUAAAUGUUUAAUGGGUCAGAGGUAUCUCAUUGUUGUAGAUGACUUGUGGAGAACAUGGUUCUGGAAUGAAAUCAAAAGGUGCUUCCCAGAGGAAAAUAAUGGAAGUCGAAUAUUGGUGACCACUCGACUUCAAGAAGUGGCCAUUUCUACAGGAGGAUCACAUAAUUAUUGUCUAAACUUGCCUUUCCUAAAUCCAGAUCAAAGUUGGGAAUUAUUUAGUGGGAGGAUUCCCAAUUAUUGAAGCUUAAGCUUAAGCUUGCCUAUGAAACUUGAAGGGAUAUGGAGACACAUUGUUGAGUAUUGUAAAGGAUUGCCGCUUGCAAUUGUGAUAGUUGCAGGACUUGUACAAACCACCAAUGAGUCACUACGGGAGUCUCAAUCAGAGGAGAUUGAGAAACUAUUAUGUGCCACUAAUACUAUGACCAAAAAACUUUCUGAAAGCCUUUCAAAGAUACUCAGGUUGAGUUACAACCACUUACCUAAUGUGUUGAGAGUUUGUUUCUUAUAUCUGGGAGUUUUUCGUGAAGAUAGUGCAAUCGCAAUGAAAAAGCUUAUUAGAUUUUGGAUAGCAGAAGGGUUUGUGAAGGUAGAAGAAGAUGAAAGGAGCUUAGAAGAAGUUGGUGAGGAUUACUUAAAGGAUCUUGUAUCUAGGAGUUUAGUUUUGGUUGACAGUUUGAGCUUAGAUGGCAAGAUUAAGUCAUGUAAGGUGCACGACAUUGUACACAAGUUUUGUAGGAAUGAAGCAAUGAAGGAGGGCCUCCUACGUGUUGCAGAUAGUUCUUUUAAUACUUCAUCUGUAAUGAUGACUCAACGUUGGUUAAGUUUUGAAUCAAUGUAUCCUAUUAAACUUGAUGUGCACAAUGGCUUCAACUGGUAUGGUUUCCUCUUUUGCUUUUAUGAUGAUUGUCAUAUGACUCCUCAAGUUUAUCAACUUCCUGAAACCCCUUAUUUCAAGAGAUUGAGAGUACUAGAUUUAGGUUCUCUCCACUUCAUUAACGGUAUACCUUCAUUUGUUGCGGAUCUAAUUCUUUUGAGAUACCUAGCUCUGCGCCCAUCCAAGUUUCUUAACAGUUUACCCGUGUUAAAGGAUUGGAAUUUACAAACUCUUGUGCUUUUAGAAAAUUGGGGUGGCAGUACAAGUGCAGACAACCCCAAUCCUUUGAUACCUGAAAUUUGGGAGUUGCCAAAGUUGAGACAUCUCCAAGUUUGCACAACACUACUUGUGUUGGGUACUCCAACUGUGGUUCAUCAAUACAUACAGACAGUUCAAUGGUUGCGCCCAUUCCAAUGUACAGAGCAAGUGUUUUUAAGGAUUCCGGAUGCAAAAGUGAUGGGAAUUUUCAUGGAGGGCCGUGUGGAAUUUGGACAGCCCAAUUGUUUGGAUAAUUUGAGGUAUUUAGGUCAUCUUGAGGAACUAAAAAUUGAAAGCAGACACAAUCCUGUUUUACUUCCAGUUGUGGAUGCUUUUCCAAUACAGCUCAAAAAGUUGAAACUGAAGGGAACUUUGGUGCCAUGGGACGCUAUGAAAGUUAUAGGUAUGUUGCCUAACCUCCAGGUGCUUAAACUUAAAAAUGGAGCUUGCCAAGGAGGAUAUUGGGAACUAACUGAAGGUAGUUUUUGUCAGUUAAAAUCAUUGCUUAUUUACAGAUCAGAUUUGAUGCACUGGGAGGCCACUGGUGAUAAUGAUUUCCCUGUCCUUGAACGCCUAAUUCUUAAAGAAUGUCAUGAAUUGGAAGCAAUCCCUUAAUUUUGGAGAAAUACUCACUCUACAGUUGAUUGAGUUGUGUCAUUGUUAUUCUGGACUUGUCAACUCUGCCAAACAAAUACAAGAAGAGCAAAGAGAUUAUGAAAAUAAUGAACUUGUUGUUCGUGCCUACAAUAUUUGGGUAUCUAUAUAUACAACUCACUCAACCUUACUUUUGUGCCAACCAUUAUUGAAGAAAACGAACAAGCGGAAACGGAGGAGUAGAAUUUGAGGAACAACAACUUGAAAAGCUGGACAUUCAAGAGGAAGAAGAUGCUGAGAUCACCAAUGUUAACUUCUUCAAUUGCUUUGAAGAUGACUUCGACAAUAAUGACAUCAAUUGAAACAUUUCUAUUUAAUUUCUUAGCUCCUCUACUGCCCAUCCCUAAUAAAUAUCCUAAGGUUUAUUGUUUUUACUAUAAUUUAUCUUUAAAAACUUAUUUAGUUGCAUAUUUUGAGUAUGUGGUUGUCUUUUUUUUUUUAUUAAUUUUUUUUAUAGCGCUUUGAAUUUGGUCUGAGAAAUUAUUUCAUUGACAAGUGGGAUUGCUUUGUAUUAAGUGUAGGAAUGAGCUAAUCUUGAUUUUGAUCAUUGUUUCUUUUGUGUGAGCUUGUAUGAAUUAUAUUUCAUAAACUUCUACAUGUUUAUUCA